GUUGCCUUUCGAGUUUCGGUUCAUUCCAAUCCGUUUGUGAAUUUUGGGUGUGCUUUAAAAUUUAAAUAAAUCCAAAAAUUUCAAAUAAAUAAAUUAAACAAGAUUUGAAAAUCCUGACACAAAGUUGGUUAAUUAAAGCACAGAAAAGUAUACGAUCUGAGACAUUUACCAUCCUGUUGGUGAGAUUUAUCCAAAAUAUGGCGUCGUUCGCGGCGCAAGCAGCUCUGCGGUCACGUUGGAGUUCACUAAUAGAGUCUACUAGCGUUGAUGUACCUGGAGAAGUCACAGAUGGAGUCCGUUCCGUUGUUGGAUGGCUUAAACAGGCAUCUUUGGAGGUGCGUCAAGUGGGCAGACGGGCAGUGAAUCAACUCUCUGGCCGAGGGAUGGGGGAUGACGUGGUCAUCAUACACUUCAACGAUGUCUACAAUAUCGAGCAGGUUACUAGUACAGAACCAGUGGGAGGUGCCCUAAGGUUCAGUACGGCUGUAAAGUCAUUGCAGCAUCUCAAUCCUUUAGUUUUGUUCAGCGGGGACGUCUUUUCGCCUAGCAUGUUGAGCACAUUCACGAAGGGAGAACAGAUGGUGCCUGUGUUGAAUGAAGUUGGUACACAUUGUGCAGUUUUUGGCAACCAUGACUUUGAUUUUGGUCUCGAGGUCUUGUCCGGUUUAGUGGCUAAAUGCAAUUUUCCGUGGUUAAUGUCAAAUGUAAUUGAUAACGAGACGGGAAGGCCGCUGGGUGAUGGCAAAAUAACACACGCACUUAUAUGUAAUGGACACAAGAUUGGACUUAUCGGAUUGGUCGAACAGGAAUGGCUGGACACAUUAGCAACUAUAAAUCCAGAAGAGGUGACCUUUAUUGACUUCUUACAAGCAGGUUCCAAGUUGGCUUCUCAGCUCAAAGAAGAGGGCUGCGAAUAUGUUAUAGCCCUAACGCAUAUGAGAUCACCAAAUGACAUAAAACUUGCAGAGGGCGACAAUAAAAUAGAUCUAAUAUUGGGAGGACACGAUCAUGUCUACGAAGUUCUAGAGAUAAACAACAAAUACAUAGUGAAGAGCGGCACAGACUUCCGUCAGUUUAGUAAGAUUAAUAUAAACUUUGCCGAAGACUGCGCACGCGUCGAUAUUUCAGAAGUGGGUGUCACCAGUUCCUUUGAAGAGGAUCCGAUUUUGAAGUCUAAGGUUGAGCAGUAUUCAGCGAUGAUUGACGGCAAAAUGGAUGAAAUACUGGGCAAGUUCUAUGUGCCUUUGGAAGGUCGGUUCUCAUGCAUUCGUCGUCAGGAGUGUAAUCUUGGCAACUGGGUGUGUGAUGUAUUACUGGCAGCGACAGGAGCUGACCUGCUCUUACUCAAUUCUGGGACUUUCCGAUCUGACCAGGUCCAUCCAGCAGGUGAUUUUACUCUUCGAGACCUGUGUACUAUAAUUCCGAUGCGAGAGCCUCUGGUAGUAGUGGAAGCAAGUGGUGAAACGGUUCUGAAAGUGCUGGAAAACUCUGUGAGCAAGUAUCCAAGUCUGGAAGGACGGUUUCCACAGGUUGCGGGAGUUUCGUUUGCCUUCAAUCCAUCGAAGCCUGCAGGUGAAAGGGUACCGGAAGAAGUUGUCAAAAUCGGCGAUGAAUACCUACAAAAGGAUCAGAAGUAUAGACUUGCGAUUAAACAGUAUUUACAUUCGGGUAACGACGGGUUUACAAUGCUACCUCAGUGUCCGGUAUUGGUGUCAGAUGACAUGUGCCCAGAAAUAGGUAUGGCGAUACAAAACCACUUUGCUGCGAUCAACGUACGAACGGGACGUUCUCGUCCUUCUAAGCAUCGACAAUCGCUCGUUACGCUGAGCCGUCGCCACAGUCUUGUGAAGAUGUUGGACAACAGUGAGCUGGAUGGUCCACCUCCGUUGAGGAGAGCAUCAUCAGCCGCUGAGUCACCACACACGCACCAUAGAUUGACGCGACGCGCAUCGCUGGAUGAUUUGGAGCAAAACGCUUGUGAACUGGCCCCAAAAGUCGAAAAUAGGAUAAUUGUACUAGACAAGCCAGAUAAAUUACAAGAACUAUUGGGUGAGCGGGCGAGAUGGGAGUCGGACUCGGUGAUCAAAGAGGUUGAUGAUGAAAGCUCACCUUAAACAAUGUAAGGUUCACAUUACGCAAUGUCUUUGAUGCAUUAAUUUUUCCUUUGUAAUUGAACAAUUGCAAUGCUAGUAACAAUUUAAACCUUAUGCAUAUGGUGAUAAAGUGACAAAUUGUUUGGCCACUGUCAAAAGUAAUUUUUAAGUUCUUUCUUUCUAAAAGUCUAGUGCAGGUCGAAAAAACUGUAAAAAGUGAAUAGUUUCAGGAAUCCAAUAGAAAAUUUUAAUCACAGUUAACACUUGGGCACAAGUCACUAACAUAAAGAUAUUUAUUUAUUUAAAGCAACAUUUUUUCACUUACCACUUCAUCAAAUGAAGUCUUCAGGAAAUAAUAUUAUUAUGGGUUAUUGAUGUAAAAUAAAAAAAGGGUGCGUGUACUUAUGUACGCGCGUAAGAAGUUAUACUUCUUUGGCAUUAUUAAAAAUA